CCACCUCUGUAGAAUAAAUUAUACUAAAAGAUUCGCUGUCACCAUUCACUGUUUGGUUUGCAGCACGGGGAACUUUUGUCUUAUCGGGACAACAUUUGCUUCCGUCUUGCAUAAGACAAAUAACAGAAAAAAUAUCCUAUAAUGUCGGUAUCAGUACCGAUUUUCCUCGUUCUGCUGUCGGCAUGUUCUGGAUUCGAGUUUAUUCACCAUGAUUACAAAGCAAUGCUGGACGUUAUGUACGAUGUCCAUCGCAGAUGUCCAGAAAUUACCAGAAUCUACAAUCUGUCGGAACCGACUGCUCAAAAUAGAAAUCUGACAGUUAUUGAAAUUACUGAUAAUCCAGGAACCCAUGAAAUAGGCGAGCCUGAGUUCAAGUAUGUGGCCAACAUGCAUGGUAACGAGGUGGUGGGGCGCGAAUUGCUACUCAAGCUGAUGGACCACCUGUGUGACGGCUACCUCAAGGGAGUUAAACUCGUCCACUUCCUGGUGGACAGCACACGCAUCCACCUCAUGCCAUCCAUGAACCCCGAUGGGUGGGAAAGUGCAUACGCUGCAAUGAAGAAAAAUAAUGGCACGGCCACCUGGUUGAUUGGUAGAAACAACUCCAAUAAUGUCGACCUGAACCGGAACUUCCCAAACCUCAACAUGAUCAUGUACCAGCAUGAGCGGGAUCACAAGGGCAAAAACAAUCAUCUGGAGAAGAUGGAAUUUGCCCUUAGCCACGCUGAAAAUCUGCAGCCCGAGACGGUUGCCGUAAUGCGAUGGAUUGCUCAGAUUCCGUUUGUCCUGUCUGCCAACCUGCACGGAGGGGAUCUGGUCGCUAACUACCCGUACGACGUGACUCACAGCGGAAAGGCCCAGGAGUAUUCUGAAUCUCCUGACGACUCGACUUUCAGGUAUCUAGCAGAAAGCUAUGCUUUCUUCCAUACCAAAAUGGCUACACCAAGCACCAAACCAUGUGACAUGACUGGCGAUGAUCAGUUUGCUAAACAAGGAGGAAUAACUAAUGGUGGAGCGUGGUACUCUGUUCCCGGAGGAAUGCAGGACUACAACUAUCUGGAGACAAACUGUUUUGAAAUCACCCUGGAACUUGGAUGUGACAAGUUUCCCCCUGCCUCAGAGCUCGAGAUGUACUGGGAAGACAAUAAGCCUGCCCUCCUGGCCUUCAUGAUAGAGAGCCAUAUUGGUGUAAAGGGUGUUGUGAAGGACAACGAUGGAAAGGCAGUUCCUGGGGCAGAAGUGAAACUGUACAACAUGUCAACUGGAAAGGAAGUUUACAUCCCUCAUGAUGUUAUCUCUAAUGCCAAUGGCGACUACUACCGUCUUCUUGUCGAUGGCUUCUACAAGGUCAAGAUCACUGCCCCUGGCUACCACCCGAUGUCAAAAUGUGUUGUCGUGGAGAACAACAACCUUCAAGAGAACAUGCCACUUGUUGAGGCUCAUAUCCUCAACUUUGAGAUGGUCCCAGACGAUGAAGCCAAACCCAAGAUGGAUGUUGACUGUUCCCAACUGAUGGAGGUGAUGCGAAACAUGGUUUAUCAGGAUGAGGAGCAGUACGAUCUCACCUUGUUGAAGUCCAUGCUACGCCAGCGUCUCAGUGAUGAAAGUCUGCAGGAACUCAUCUACUUAAUGGACCAAGAGCAGCGAAACAAUCAAUAAUCAGGAAUACAUAACCUUUUCACCACUCUUCACUACCUUAAAAAAACUUGGUUACUAAGCAAUAUCAAAGUUGCAUAAAUAUACUUUAACAUAACAUAUGCAAAUUUAAAAAACAAAAAUGAUGAUAUCUGUAUAAAACAAAAUUUAAAAAAAAUUAAAACUGUAAUCGUGCCAGAUAUGUAGUUACAGUUGUAAUAUUAUGGCAUUUUCUCUUUCUGAAAUUACACAUUAAAAUCAAUGUGUCACCCAUUAAUAUUAUUAACGAAUAGAUUAUUUAUUGAAUACUCCCAUCAGUUAAUUACUUAGUUGUAAUAAUGUUGGUGUAAUUAAUGUUUUAAGAAACAUUUCCUAUGAGUUCAUUUUACAUGUAUAUAUGAUAUAAUAUGUAACUAAAUACAUAAUUAUUUAAACAAGUAAAUUUCUACUUUGAUAAUGCAACUUGAACAGUGGAAUUUUUGGUAGUAAAAUCAAGGGGUGAUUAGGUAUGAUGUGUCAAUGUUUUCCUGAGUAUUUUUGUGGUUUUACAAUUAGCAAAUAUUAACAUUAAUAUUACUAUGACAUCAGACUACAAUGAACUUGCCCACUGGGGAAUUUUAUAAAGUUGUUCAAUAAAUUUUUAUUGUUACAGGGGCCUAUAUCAAAAUUUAAAAAAAAAUUAUAGUUGGUUAUUGCAGUAUAGAAUAAUAAUCAUUUUAGAAAUCACAUUAAAACUAUACUAAUUAAUAAUUUGUCAAAAUGAUUCUAAUAAGAUUGUUUUGAAUAUCAAUGCUUAUACGGUUUGCAUUUAUCAACUCUUUGUUAAAGAGUCUGUAGAAAGCAAUGACAUAUUCCCCUCAUAUGAAUGUUAGUAUAAUUGAGGCAGAAAAUAUGUGCACACAUUUUUAUUAUUUAUUUUUUCAAAUUCUUACUUUGUUUUCACUAUCCAGCAAUUUUCAGUAACAGGUUUUUAUGGCAACUACACAUGAAAUGGUAUAAUGGGCUUGAAACAAAAGAAAAAUGGAAUAGAACUUAGAAGACUUUUGUCAUGAUUAAGAUUAAGUGCACAUUUCUCUGUUUAACUGACCACCAACACUAACAGCAAUCUUGUUGUCUUUUAACAACUGUUAAUAUCAUAAUUAAAAGGUUCAAAUAUAUUUUUUUAUAAAAUAUUGAAUUAUUUUAUGUUUACAGGAAUUAAAAUAGUUUGUUGUACUGCCGAAGUUUUAUUUUUUAAACGUGUUAAAGACUACAGUGUGUUUUAUUUUUGAUCUGACACAGUCAUAAGCUAGAUGUUUAUCAUUUAUGUUGAAAAAUCUAAAUAAUUGUUCGAGUUAAUAUUCUUUUUUUGAUACACUGAAAAACACAAAGCUAAAGGACACUAAAAUAUGUAGUUUAAAUAAAAUAAGCACCAAAUUAGCAAUGGAAAUUCCAACUGUAUUUGUCAUUUUAACAUAAUUAUAAUAACAGGGUUGUUUUUUAAGAUCUCAGGUUUUACAUUGUUAAAAGCUGUAGUUGACAUUGGCAUAAGUUAUGAUGGAUAAAGUAGAUUGCAUAUAUGAUAAUCAAAUAUAUUAUUGUUAUACAUUGGAUCAUUUGUAAAUCCGUUUAUUAUUUGUCAUUUUAAUUCAUGAUCUCACUGGUUCUGGAUAGUAGUAUUUUGUAUUUGUGAUCUACUUGAGUAGAAAAAUAUAUACAUGGCACUUUGUAAACUGUUUUCUUUUUCAAUCAAAAGUAUUGCUAACAUUAACUACAUGUAUCAUUAAUUUGGAAAAUGCAAAUUUGGCAAAUAGUUUUCAUUAUUAAAUUGCCAAAAAGUUCAUUAAAUAAUCAAACAAAUACCAUCAUUAAACAGUUCAAUUAUAUAUUUUUUCAUAGGCUAACAAAAACUUGAAUUUGGCUACAGGUUUUCUGCCCAAAUUGGUAAUAAUGUAUUGGGUCAGUGUUAAACUCUGUAAUGGUAUUUCAAAUUAGAGGGUAAAAGUGACAUGUUAUUAAAAAAAAGCUGGCAUCACUUAUUUCAUUUGAAGGUUAGGUCUGAACUGAGGUGUUUGUAUGCACUCUUCCUUCACUCGACCCCCAUCCCACUCCCAAUCCUAAACGUAUUCAAAACUAGAUGUAAUAGAAGAUGCAUCUUUCGAUAGCUUUGAAAUUUGAUAUUGAUGACAAAAUCCAUAUCAAUUUCUUUCAAUGUUUGCAAAACUGUUUUUCAAAAUUACCCAUUUUGUCCUUCUUUAUGCCCUUGACAAGUGACAAAAUGGUAUCCAUUAACGUUUUCCAACAUUUGGAAAGUUGUUGUGUUUGAAAAAUGUCCUAUGGGUGUCACUGGUUGAGGAUGAGGAUACAUUCGUAUUGAUGGGGGAAGGUGAAAUAGUGAAGAAAAAUCUUUCCUCUGUAAUAACUGUUUAAAGAGGUCAGUUUUGUCUUGUGUUUACUGGUACCAGUAGCCUGUGUAUUGUUUUGUUACGGCAGUGAUAACAUGAAUUUGAUUUUCCCCGUGAGGUGAUGGUAAAGAAAAUACUGAUGCUGUUCUCUGAGGGAAAUAGGUUUGGUGCUGAACAACGGACAAUAGAUUUAUUUUUUACAGGUCCAAUGAGUGCAGUACCAAUUGAAAGAACUGUGAUAUAUAGAUGGCUGUUUGGUAUUAUUAUAAUCAAGAGAUUUGUGAUGAGCUAUAUUUUGGUGAUCUGUUCAAUAAUGCAUUACCCUUCUCCCUGUGACUUAUGCUAAACAUCUGGUGUUUUGCAGUUUUCUUGAAAGUGCUAGCCAGUGAAUUCAUAAUGGUUCAUUGGAUUGUUUAUGAUUUUUUCCGAGUUCUGAAAGAGUUCACCAUAAUUUUGUCAGCAAAAUUCAGUUUUAGCUUUGCAUUAAUGUAACUUUUUAAGCAGGGAUUGGAUAGAAAGGUGUUGCACCAUAUUCAUCAGAGUUUGUUGCAGGGAUCCUGUAUUGGGAGGUUUUGUUAACAUUAGUUGUUUAAUUCAACAGCGAAAAGAUGGAUGAUGGUUGGUUUUGUUUUUCUUUGUGAUUCUUGUUCAGUGUGCAAUUGUGUUAUUGUAAUGUUUACAUUGUAAACAUCAUAAUUAAUAUAGAAAUAGUAUAUACUACAACUUCUAAUAAAUAAUUUUUUUUGCAAAAACAUCUUUAUGAUAUUGUAAAAACAGAACACUUAUUACAAUCAAUGUUAAAAUUCCAAUAUUUCUUUCACUUGUUUUAUCAUAUUGAUAAAUUCCAUGAAAUAAACAUUUUAUUUUUUAAAUUUACUACAUACUUUUAGGCAUAUCAAGAUCUGUUUUGUUAAUGGUGUAUUUAUAUUCACAGGUAUGUUCCAAAUCAAUUUAAAUCAGUUUACAAUUUAUUAAUCACUUAAUCUGAUGUGUUCAUUUUGUGUUAGUUCGAUUUUGAGAACUAUGGUUUUGUUUUCUUCUAUAUUUGUAUUUGUUAAGCGUACUUAGAUUACAAAUAUUUGUUAGUUUAUAUUAUUAAUAGUUUUUCUAAAAUAUAAAAUGUUUUGAAUGAAAUUUUCAUCUUAAUUAUAAAAAUCAAAAAGUCAAAAUGAUAAUAAUUGGAAUUUUUCAGUCACGGAAUAUUAUGAAAGUUAUAUACAUGUAUAUAUUAAUCCAUUAGGACACAUGUAUAAACUUGAUACAUAUGGGAAUAAUAUACUGCUUGAUUUGGGGUACAAGAUUUUAGUGAUUUUUAAGUAUGAAAUCAUUGGAAAAGUUUACUUUAUCAUUCCACAAUAAUCGCUCAAUUUUGGGGAGAAGUCAUUGAGGUUUAAAUGAAAUACUGGAUAGAUUCCGAUUGAUUUUCAAAUACAAGUCCUGUUAAUGGGAAGAAAACUAACAUGCAAAAUUGACUUUACUGUAAUAAUUCCAACACAAUUGUUAACAAACUUUUAAUGUUAUAAAUGUUGUGAUACUUUUACAUAUUUGUUAUCUACACUUUUUUGUUUUGUUUUUGGAGGCAUUAAUUUAUUACUGAUUAAGAAUAAAACUUAAGAAUCCAUUCUUUUGUCUAUUUAGAAAUCCGUUUUAUGAUAGCUUUUAAUAAGCAUUCAUACAAAGUAUUUUGUUUGGUUUCUAUAUGCAUAAAAUUACAUGUAUACUUGUGUCAUUUCCAGCAAAAUUUUCAAAAUAAUAUACUAAAAUUCUUUAUUGCUGUUGUCAGUAUUAUCUAGUCAUAUUAUUUUAUCCCAACUUGUGUUCAUGUAAAAUAAUUAUUUUGAAUGUUCAUUGAGUCAUUAUGUCUGCUGUAAGCUAAUUUAUAUUGGAAAAGUUUGCAAAGAAAUAUUGUUUUUGUUACAAAAAUGCUGCUUUUUAUAAAGGCUUUAUUUUGAUUUGUGAAACCAUAUUUUUAGCUCUAAACGAGAUUUGUAGCAUAUUUAAAAUUAAUAUUUAUUGGUAUAUUUUUCAAAUAUUAUCAACUAAAUGAUCAAACAAUUUAUGGUUUUACUGUGAGUAUAAAAUCUCCAAACUGUUUGGGUUAUAAAAUACUAGGGGGGAAAUAUUGUAUUGAACUUAAAUUUAUUGUGUUACAUUGUUAUUAUUACAUAUUGUUUUAGCUGAUGAGGUAAAAUGUACAGUUUGUGAACACUUUACUUAUUAUUUUCCUUCCUAUAAAAUUUCAUUAAUAAUUAAUAUAAAUAUAUAUAUAUAUGUAUAUAUAUUCAGUAUGUGGAUAAAAUCAGGGAUUUUUUUAGAGGACCAAUAAGUCUCACAAUUGUGUAUUAAUAUUUAUAACUCUUGUGAUUUCUUUUAUCAAGUUGUUAGAGCACAGUUGAAUUUCUAGUCCAAUGGGAGCUUCAUAUUUGGUCACGUGAAGUACAUUUAUAUCCCGAUAAAGUACUUCAGACAUUCACUUUAUAAGCGGUAUUGCUGCACGAGAUUUUGGCUCUGCUCUAAGACAGUUAGAGGAUGAGUAACAAUACUUUAUCGACGUAUAAAGGUAGUGUCGCACGAGAAAACGCUCGGCUAACGACUCACCUUUGUCUCGUGCGACACUACCUUUAUACGCCGAUAAAGUAUUGUUUCUCGUCCUCUAACUAUUAUUCAUUUAUUGACGAAAAUGGGGACCGAUUUAUUUGUAUAAUUAGUGUAAUCUAUUUGGGUGUAAAAAGAAAAAUGUAAAUGACAAUUUUAGAAUUAGUCUACAAAAUCAAACUAUACGUAGAUAUAUAUAUAUGUAUAUCAGUUUUAUUUAUAAAUGAAAUAUAUAAAACAUGUAGAAUAUAUAUAUAUAUUAAAUGUUUUAAAAGUUCAAUGUUAUUUAAGAAAAUGUUUAUUCAUUUCAAUUGAUGAUUAUUGUCUCCCACCGGUCUCCUUUUAUUUGCUCAAUGUUAUCUUUAUGAUAAUCAAAACUGUCACCAUGUCUGUAUUAAGUUUACAUUCCUGUAUUUUGGAUUAUAUUUAAAUUUUAAGGUCAGACCAUUGCUUCACACAAUAUGUUCACUACAUCCAUAUGUGGAAUUCUAACUGGAAUGCUUUGCUAACAUUUCAGCUAGUUGAUCCUUUGGCUCAACAAAAACAUAUUUCAAGUUACAAAAUUGACAUUUAUAUUUGAGUGAUUUGAUCUCUACUGUGUAUGCAGAUAAUUGGAAGUGACUUGUUAGUAAUUUGCAUUACAUACUGCCACCAAUUGUUUUGUCUCAGAUCUGUUCUACAAGUCAUCUACUGUGAUUUUAUUUUCCUUUUGUCAAACAUGAAAGUGCUCACCAACUUUACUCUAUAUACACUUGUAUUUUAUUAUACUAUUAACUACACGACUAUUGGUAUAUUGUCAUGUCUAACUUCUUUGUCUUGUUACGUACAUUUAUUGUGUGUGUAGAAUAAAAAUGUUAAAAUCCAAA